GAGUGCAGUCUCAGCAGAUCCACUUCCUGGUGCACCUGUUUGCCAACCGAGACUGGGACGCCGACUCAUAUUAAAAAAAAAAAAAAAAAAAAAAGACUAUGGGUGGAAUUUGACCGACGCCUUGACGCACCUUUGACAUUUCUUUUCGUCACAGGAGUUAAUCCGUUUUCAUAUCUUAAAAUGCGUGGACUACCCCGGGGGAACACGACUCUUAAUGUCGUUUUACUGCUGUAUUUCCUCGGUUGUUUCGCCCCUUCCUUAGUUUCCUCCAUCACAGUGAGUACUCCAGCAGAGCUCCAUGCAUCUAAAGGGGAUAGAGUCACAUUGUCCUGCUCUUUCACUUCCACAAGUAGGCCAACCAGUAAGAUGACAGUUGACUGGUCUUACAGGCCCCAGACUGGAGGGCCACCACAGACAUUUUUCCACUUCUCAUCACAGGCAUUCCCACCACCUGAAGGUCAAUUCUUUGGUCGUAUCUGGUGGCAGGGAAGCCCGGCACGUGGGGAUGCCUCCAUUUCUCUCAUCAAUGCCACACUGAAUGACAAUGGGACAUUUACAUGCUCUGUUAGAAACCCUCCUGAUGUCCAUGGUUUCCCACUUUCACACACUGUACUCACCGUCACGCCAAAGGUGCCCAGCAUGCGCUUCUCUGAUGUUGCGGUCCUCCUGGCUUUCAUCCUCCUCCCCUCCUUUAUAAUCACCCUCAUUCUGAUUGGACGAAUGCUCUGUCCCAAGAAACGGCACAACCAAUCAAAGGCUUACAGAUCACCCAUAGAGGUCACAGAGGGUACUUGGAGUACUGUCCAGACUGCAGCACCUCCAGAGGAGCACGGCACUUGCCCACCAAAGGCCAAAGUAAAGACCGCAUGCUUUGAACUAUUUCUGAUGGACUCAGAUGAUGAACGGGAAUAUUACAACCUAAGGAGGUCUCCCAUAGAUGAAGGUAUUACUGAGUCUAAGUGCUAGAGAACCCUGGUGGUUGGGAGAUGCAACUGCAGCCUCUGGGCCUAUCGAUGCCUUAUAGUGGGAGGUACUGAAUGGAAAAUAAGACUGGACUUGUGUCUUUUUAUUUUAUUUUAUUUUUGCCACAGUCGGCCACUUACCCAGUCACUUUGGUGAUGGAGUUCACAUUUUGUGGUGACCGCUUUGGAGUAGAACUUGUAUUUUUGUCUUCAGACAGUCUUAAUUUUGCAUGCCAAGCAUUAUAUUUACUCUAAUAAAUAUACAUAAUAUGUUGAUGUACCUUUUGCCUGUAAGCGCCUACAUUUACAAAGGCUUUUCAAAAUCCAGUUCACAGUUUUUAUCAGAAUCAGAAUCAAUCCACUGUGCUAUGAAAAAAAGGACAUAUUAAUUCCCAAAUUUCAGAGCUUGUGCUCUUGAAGAGAGAAUUUAAAUUUUUUUUUUCUGUCUGUACAGGAAAACAGCCAGUAUCAUUCUGUCAGGUCCCAACUAACCCAUACAAACACACAGAUGUAUAUUUUUGUAUCUUAAUGAUUUGUAUGUUUUACUCUUAUUGUGAAGGACAUAGAUAUGUUUUGUCUAAUUUAUUGCCUGUGCCAGAGCUGCUGUAUCUGUCAGUGUCUGUACUGAGCUGUAGUGGAAUGUUCUUCUUCUGUUCUUAAUGUUUGGAGAGAUAAGUUUGAUUUGGACACUAGUUGUGACAACUUAACACUAUUUAUAAAUAAUUCUGUAUAUACAGAGUAUUUGAUAUAUUUUCAGACUGUACAUGUCAACAGUAAAUAUGUGUGUUUGUGCCUGUAAUCCUACUGCCCAGUAUACUUUGGGGAUGUCCAGAUAUGGUCUUUCAUGGAAGGCGUUAUUUUAUGUGAUGUAACAGGACUGAGACUCUGUUUUGAAUGCAGAGCUGGCUUGUGUCAGUUUAAUUUUUUUUAGCAGCAUUUAUGCCUAAAUUGUUUAUGAGCAGAUUCAUUUGAUUUUCUGAGGAUGAACAUCACUUUUUAAAAAGAUGCUUCCAAGUUCAUAUAAAGAAUUUGUUAAAUUUAUGCUCUGUAUAGCAUCAGGAAAUGGAGAGGGUUUGUUGGUAAAACCCCCAUUUUCUCCUGCUGUCUUUGUUUGGUCUCUUGCACUAUUCACGUAUAUUCAUGUGUGAAUAUUCCUUUAAAAGCUCUGAGGACAGACUGGAUUUUCUGAACUGUACCCACAAAUUGUGGCAGCAUCUGUCUCGUCUCCUCAGUCCUGGCACUUUAGGGUCAUGGAAAGGCCUGAUAAAGAGCUACCAAUGAAAUACACAAAACAAUAAGUUCUUGUUCUUUGUCAUUUCUGUUCUAUUCAUUAUUCAGCUCUUUUAUGCCCUCUGUGCUUUAAUAAUUCACACACUGCUAUGGUGAAACAAUUAUCAU